AUGCUACGAUUAACGCACGUCGUGGUGCUUGUGGCGUUGGCCAGUGUCGUGCUAGCCGGACCGACGGUGCGAAAGGAUGAGGUGACGAACGUGGUCACCGUUGCGGAGGUUGAGACUACGAAACCGGUGGCGGUGGAGAGCCCCACCGUGCCGACGGACCAGAAGCUGGUCACUGUUCCCGUGAAACUGCUUAUGGCUGCCGAUGAACAACUGAGUGAGUCCACUACGGUGAAAGCCUCUUCAGAGGUGGAACCUAGUACGACCACCUCAACGGAACCAUCCACAACAACGACGGAGGUGACAACGUCCAGUGUGGCAUCGACGAGUGUGGCAUCGACGAGUGGUGCAUCAGCCGCCGCCUCACCGGUCACGAAGCCACCACGCAAAACGAUCACAUUCGAUCAGCGUCAGGAGGGCAAGUACAACAUUCGGGCCGAUUUGGAGAACUUCGUCAUCGUGGUCGUCCCGUCCGGAUCGUCAUCUGGUGCGUCGCUGUUGGACUUGCUGACCCGUUCCGCGCAGAAGAAGGACGCCUACCAUCAUCAUCACCAUCACCAUGAGACGCGCAAGUCGAACGGAAAGCGUAAGAACAACAAGGCCCAGUACGCUGGGGCACCGAAGAAGAAGGCCUCCCAGGGUCUGGUGACACCGGAAGUGAUCGUGCUGGAUGAGAGCAACCAGCGGUCGGGCCAGCUCGUCGCGGAAGAGUUCAUCGAGGGACGCACGCCGUACAAGGUGGACCUGUCGAGCAGUGCGCGCAGUGUCGACGAAGCAGGCCACGACUCGGAACCGCACCAGCAGCAGCAGCAAUCUUUCCGCUUCAGCGUGGAACCGUCCGAGGCACGGUCGAGUGGUCGGGUACGCUUCCCUAGCGUCACCUCAGGUAACUAUGCGCGGUCGUCGAGCGACGUCACCUCGGGACGGGCUCUCCGCGGGACGGCGGACGAGCCCGAGUUUGCUAACACUAACACCCUGGUAGUAGCCGCUAGUAGUGCCACUAACCACUACCACCAACAACCAAACCCAACCAACCUUCCCGGUGAUGGGGCCCAACACCGGCAGCUGCCCACAGUGCUGCUGGCCGAACUGCCUUCGAUCCUGCUUCCGCUGCGCCCGGCGCCUCGCAAUGCCAACGGUGCCCGUGAGGACACCGAACCGCCAACCCACGGCAACCGAGCACCCCACCGCACCAGCACCGGUGACGAGGGUAGCGCCCAAGGUCUGGCCAACCAUUCUCACCUUCCUUCCUCCUUCGACAGCCUAGAGUACGCACCGUUGCGCCCCGAUGUCGACAUGAAGCAGCUCCAGCUCCAACCGGACGAAGGCGAUGGCAGCAACGACAACGGAACCGUCGGCGGUGACCCCUACGAAGACUUGGCGGAACAGCGACAGCGGCCGGACGGCGAUGGAUGGGACGAGCUGCGGUUGCUCGGUGCCCAGGAGCAGUGCGGUCCGGACCGGAAGCGGGACAGCUACGGUGUGUGCCAGUUUGUGCGACCGUAA